AUUAUGAAUGCACUUAAAUGUCACGAAAUAAUGUGUGUCCGUUUAUUAAAGUCUACGGUGCAUGUAGCAGUUCACCUUUCGGCUAUGUUCGGCUAAAGUCGGAAGCAAUGUCUUCAGUCGACGGUAUUCGGCCGUAGGCUGUGACGUCCCACUACCGCACGUCAUGUAACAGCAACACACUCAAGGUUACAGAUAUGUAGCUUGUGCUAGAGGAAAAAUGAGCUCCCGGCUGUCAUGACCGCUGUAUGACAGGAUGCAUAUCGCUGAUUUUGUGUCGGGAUCGUUUGCAGGGGCAUGUGGAGUUGCCGUGGGCUACCCUAUGGACACUGUGAAGGUCCGGAUCCAAACCCAGAAACAGUUUACUGGAGUAUAUCAGUGUGUUGUGGCAACAUUUUCUAAAGAAGGGGUGCAUGGCUUCUUCAAAGGCAUGUUCUUACCCCUUGCCACAGUCUCCAUGACGUCCUCAGUGGUGUUUGGCACGUACAGGAACUGCCUUCAAUGUCUGAGCCAGGCUCGAGGAGGUGGUUGUGGUCCCAACACCAAACUGGAAGUCUUCCUCUCCGGACUGGCAGGCGGUAUUGCUCAGGUAUCAGUGAUGUCUCCAGGUGACAUAGUGAAAGUACGCCUGCAGUGUCAGACAGAGCCCAAACGGGGAAAGGCCAGCACACACAAACCGAAAUACCACGGCCCAGUUCACUGUCUGCUGAGGAUCAUCAAGGAGGAGGGGGUCCUGGGACUGUAUAAGGGAGCUCUCCCGCUCAUGCUAAGAGAUGGGCCGUCCUACGCCACAUACUUUUUGACAUACUCGACCAUCUGCGACAAGCUGAGAGAGAGACGCAUGAAUAAAUUAGAUUGGAGCGAUGUGAUGCUGGCUGGUGGAAUAGCGGGUAUGGCAGCCUGGUCAAUAGGAACUCCUAUGGACGUGAUCAAAGCCCGUCUGCAGAUGGACGGCACGCAGGGGACCAGGCGAUAUAGGGGCUUUUUCCACUGCAUCGCCGAGACUGUGAGAGUAGAGGGAGCCAGGGUUUUCUUCAGGAGCUUAGGUAUCAACUGUCUGCGUGCGUUUCCUGUAAACAUGGUGGUGUUUUUUACAUACGAGGUCCUCACGGGGUUUCUCCGAGCUGGACCUGAAAGUGUUGAACCGCCCCGCUUCGGGGCUUAAAUAGUACUGACUACCUCCGGUUAACAUGCCUCAUAUUGUGUUUUAUUUUUCUGCCUGAGCUGGAAUUUUGUUUUAACGUUACAUUGGGAUAUUUACAAGGGGCUGUUCCGAUCAUCAUCAUCUGUGCUUUCUGUUACAAACAACAUAUACAAUAUAUUUAGGUAAAUAGGGUGAGAUACAGUAUAUGCAGGAGAACAAGUGAAUGUCAGCAACUAAAAGGGAACUUUUAGUACCAGAGAUUAUGCUGGGAUCCGUCUGACCACUAGAUGGCCUCCCUGACCAGCUUGUUACAUGUCAGUGUGACGGUAGAAGUGCAGUGUGCCAAGAAACCUCAUACAAUUUUCAGACAACUGCAACUUAAAGUGUAUCUGAUUUUGCUAAAUGUCAUUUAAGAUUUUGAGGUUCUAGUAUGAGCUGCAGUACACAUAGUUCAGCAAGCGUGUUACCCAUCCACAUAGGCUGAAUAUGGGAAAUGGUAGAGAAGUGGUCCACUGGGGACUGAAACAACGACUAAAAAAGAUGUGGGAGUUGGAGUCCAAAGGGUUUCCCUGUGGCGCUGUGACCUCCAGCAGAUUCCGCCCGUGUAGGAGAUAUUGUUUACAUAUCAUUACGUCCUUCGCUUAUAUCAAGCUCAGUAGCAAAAUGUUACAACACAUUAAAGCAAACAUAUUAACAUUAUUGAACUCGUGAUAUUUUUGUUUUGUCUUUCUCUUAAACAUUUGCGGAAUUGUUCUGAUUCCUUUGACGUAAUAAACAACACAUAUUGAUCACUGCUGGUUUAGGUUCAGCAAAUAAGUGAAUAGCUUGCAGUCAGGGAAACCACGUGAAUGAUAUUUCUUGUAAUUUAUUUGUAUGGAUGCAAUCAAGAUGUUCAUUGUGCCUUCCACAAUAAAGGUUGUUCAAUGAAACACUCUGUUAAUCGAUUAACUUUACAAAGUAUGCAAGGCAAAUAAUGUCAUGUUUGCAAUUGUAACUUCCUUCAUGGCAUUUGCCUUUGGCAUUGCUUAACAUAUGUAUUAUACGUAUAAACUGCCACCUGUGAACCAUAAUCAAUUCCUGCAAGUGGCAAUUUUGAUAUCUGUGCUGUCACAUGAAUCUAAGCCCAAAUGAAUGCACUUUAGGUGUGAAUAUGAAAUAUCCAAAUAUAUAUCCAUACAACAUGAUAUCAGGCAGUACAAGAACGUGCCAGAUGUUGGGGAAAAUAAAUGUAAGUUUUCAAAUGAAUAGCAUAGAUGAACUGAAUGAAAGAGGUUGAAUACACUACCAGUCAAAAGUUUGGACACACCUUCUCAUUCAGUUCAACGAGAAGGUGUGUCCAAACCAGAACAGUCAAAAAAGCUAUAUGACCAUGUCAAAUAUAUGUUUGAGGAACUUGGUACUAUCGCAAUACAAUGAGCACUGUUGUACGCAAAAGAAACUAUUAACUAUUGACUCAAUGCACAAGGCCCACAAACACUGCUGCCAGAGAAAAAGUUCACGUUGAAAUGUACCUGUGUCUGUUCUGUUGAGCUGUAUUGCCAUGUAGCGUGUGAGUAGGAUACCAUCAUCAUGAUAUCGUUAGCCUAAUAGCAUAAUUGCCUACUUACGGUUAGAAUAUCAAUAAAAAUACCAAUGUGCAUGCUAAAAAUAUUUUCUUUCCAAAAAUGUUCAAAUAUGACUUUGGCAAUUAUGCUAUUAGGCUAAUGAUAUAUAUAUAUAUAUAUAUAUAUAUAUAUAUAUAUGUACACCAUGGUCCUAUAUGGUCCCAUUUCAAAAGUCUAUAAAUGUUGCUUUUGUUGUUAUAUUUUUAUAUUAGUAGUAGUCAUGAUGUUAUAAUUCCACAAGUUAGUCAUUUUUAAAAAAGUGCAAAUGAUAAUGAUAAUUUAAAUAUCUUUUUGUUUUGUUUAUGUUUUGCAUGUGCAUGCCGCCCAUUGGUUUUGUUCGGGUACGAAUAAUGCACAUCAUCCGUGACCCAUGUGAAAACCUGUGUGAACUCUACUGACAUGUAUUUAAUGUAAUGUACUGUAUUGUACUUUGAUUAAUUCAUAAGAGCAUUAAAUGUGAAUAUAUAUGGAA